AUGCCAGGCUACUCUUCCCCUUCCCCUUCUCCACCCACAGACAUCUCAGAGCCUUCCUACUUCCUAACUUCAUGGUAUCGCCCUCUUGGGAUUCCCCAUUGCGUUUCUAAUGGUAAGUCUAUGGGGAAUCCCUUCGUCAGAUUGGUGCCGGCCUGUACUUUGUCACAGUCACACUACAAAUUUUCUGGUCCCGAUGAUUACUGCAUUUGGGCAGGGGCGGAAACCCGAAUCUUGCCCGAAUCUCAGUUUACAUCUGGUGCUGCUUCGCCUAAUUUAUCUGGUGAUAUAAAUUCAGCGCCAUACGAUGUAGUUACAAAUCCCUAUUAUCCUUUUGCUGGUACCACUGUGUUUCUUGGGGUUCCAGUCGCUAUGGAUUCACCUUUGUAUGCUCGAAUGUCCGGAGAUCUAGUCCCGGGAACGUAUUACAAUGGCCAUUACGUCCCUACCUCCGCAGAAGUGACAGAGUACCAAUCAACCCGUGAACCUGGGCUUCAUCUGAUAAAUCCUACGCCCUCUUUCGACUUCUCACGUAUCCACGCAUUCCUAUCUCAGUCCAACAGGUUCAUCUCUCCGUGGUACACUGCAGGAAACCAGGGCCAGACGUUACUUCUCGCUGCGGGAUUUCUUUUCACCACCCUUUACUGCUUCGCCGACACAUAUUACUACAGGCCCCCGUUUUACGGAUCUUCCCCUCUUGGCCUGCGAAGCGAAUGGCUGGCCAUGGCGAUGCUCCCAUUUCUCAUUGUAUUCGCUCACAAAAUCAACUUCAUUGAUUUUGAUAUAGGUAGCUCCCACGAGAAGAUGCAGGUACUCCAUCAAGGAGUGGCGGGCUUGCAUUUGUAUAUGUCCUUGGUACACACCAUUUCCAUGACGAUACGCUCCAUUCGGGAACGCGGAAUUCGCUAUGACUUUUGGAAUAAUGAUUCGUACUAUACCGGUUUCAUUGCUCUGGCGCCGUUGAUCUGGCUUUGCUGUGCCAGCCUUCCAAUCUUCCGCAAGGCCGGGUACGAGUGUUUCUGGAUUCUUCAUCUUGUAGCUGUUGGCAUGUACUUUGGAUUCUUGUGGCUUCACUGCUGGGAUUCCCUCGACGGAGGAGACUACAUGUAUGCGACAUUUGCAGUCUUCGCCUGGGGCGUUGUGCUUCGUGUUGGUUACAUGAUAUAUGUCAACCUCCAUAUCCACGUCGCCCGUGUCCAUGUAACACCAUCAGGCAUAUUACAUCUCCGUAUUCCUACGAAACUUCGAUGGUCCCCCGGUCAGCAUAUAUUCCUUCGUUUCCUCAGUGUACGUCCAUUGGAGUCCCACCCUUUCUCCAUCACUACCAUACUGAAUGGCAACGACCAACCGAACGAGAUGUCCUUUUACAUCGUACCUAUGAAGGGUUUCACCAGUUCUCUCAAAGAUUAUUGUAAACAAGCUGGUGGUCGCCGCGACCUCUUUGUUCUCCUCGAUGGUCCCUUCGGACAUUCAACGCCAGAACUCCGAGCUUUCGACAAGGCUUUGCUCAUCGCUGGAGGCAGUGGCAUCGCGUAUAUUCUGCCCAUCUUUCAAGAUCUCGUCCGGUGCCGUAAAGGCGAAGUCGGUGCGAAGACACGGUGCAACAAAAUUGAGUUAGUUUGGGUAGUUCGGUCUAGAGAUCAAUUUCAGAAGAUGGAACAAUACAUCGCUGACACUAUUAAAGGCCUCAACGACGACGGUGUUUCUGUAAGCUUUUUCGUCACCGGGAAAGAUAUUAGGUCAGAGGGGAUAGAAAGCAGCUCGGAUGAUGACUUUGUAGGUGAUGCGAAAGAGAAGUCAUUGUCUGAGGCGUUACCGGCGCUUUGGCACGCUGGCCGCCCAAACCUACCUGACAUUAUCCGGGAAAAAUCCCAGAUAUGGGAAGGACGUGUUGCAGUAACCACAUGCGGGUCGGAAUCGAUCAUAUCUGAUGUCAGCAAUACCGUUGCCGGCGUACAAAUCGAUAUACUCCAAAGAAAGACGACAUGUCAAGAGAUGUAUCUGCAGACUGACGCUUAUGGUUGGUAG